AAAUUCAGUGGGGGGGGUAGUUAUAUGUACCUCCCGGCCUGCCCUUAUCUAAGUUUGACCGGAAAGCUGGUGUUCAGGUGGGAACUCCUUAAGCCGGGAGUUUAGUGAACUACUGAAAAAGCACAGUAGACCAAUAUCUGCAAUACAGAUUAUCAACUCUAUCUCUGCCAAUGACUCUGUAUCUGGAGAUGAGAUUAGUAGAGCUAGUUCAGAUGAUAUGAGUUCUAUUACCCAUCUACCCGAUGAUGUUAACAACUCUCUUAUCCUCAUCUCGGAGUGGCUCUGCAAUAAUGACAAGGGUGAGUAUAUGAACGUAUAUGCAAGUAUCCGAGGAAAUAUAAUGAGGAAAAGUCUAGAACAGCUUCGUGAUCAUCAGAGAACUUGUAGCGGGGAAAGUCAGGGGCGGCAUUCUCCAAAUCAAACAAGAAAAUUUGCAUCUCCAGCAGCAGCAACUGCUUUAACUCCAGAAGUUGUUACACCAAACUCCCGAAAAAUAACCUCCAAGAGGCUUCAGUCUGCGUUCAACAAGAAGAUGACCAGCAUGUCUAGCAAGCUGGAGGCUAGAACCGGUUAUGCAAUUCAUGUACCGGGAAGGAGGUCUUUAGCUCCCCCUGGCAUGGAUGAAUCUGCUGGAGAUUUUGAGGUAAAGGGGAGGGUACACAUUUCCCAUUUGAAUACAUUUUGGACUCCUCUCUUUUCAUUUUUUUCCACAUUUUUCCAUGUUUUUUAAAGCCUUUUCACAUACCAGCUAGG